GACCACAAAUAGCAGAAAUUAAAAUAGCAGUAGUAACAAUACUGAAAGAUCUCAGUAAUAUCAACGAAUAUGAAUUAGCAAUGAGAACAUUCGAGUGUUAUUGUAUUUAUCAACGAUAUAAAUGGAUAGUAAUCGAUGUAUCACAGAAUGAUACUUUGAAAUUACUUUGCCCACAAAAUGAGUUUUUCUUUCAACGACAUUGUGUAGUAGCACAAUUUUUGCAAGAAAAUAAUAAUUUCGAUUAUAUAUUAUUUAUCGAUUCUGAUAUGGGUGUAAUUAAUCCAAAAAGGCGAAUUGAGGAAUAUAUUGUGGAUGGCAAGGAUAUUAUCUUUUACAAUCGCAUUUGGAAUUUUGAAGUGAUGGCUGGAAGUUAUUUAGCUAAAAAUUACAAAGAUUUAUUCACAUAUGAGGCUUGUGUUCGAGCACAACUUGAAACUAACGAAAAAUGGAAGAAGAAAAUAACUGUGCUACCGAAAGGUCAAUCCUGGGCACGUGAUGGUUGGCUUACGAAUUCGAACUGGUCCGAACAAGAUUUCAUCUUUCAUGGAUGGCAAAAGCGGCGUUUAAAUACACGAGUAUUUGCAUCAUGGAAAUUGCCAUUUUUAUCAACGAAAUUUAACAUGUCAAUAUGUGAUACCAGUAAUUAUAUGGAAAAUUGGAAAUAUAAUCAAAGUUUUGCAAAAGAUCCAAAUGAAAUUCGUGUUCAACUGAAUGUGAUAAUUAGCCUAAAAGAUGUGGAAUAUUAUAAGGAGAAACAAAAAGUGGAAAAAAUACUGGCUAAUUUGAUGAAAAAUGAGCAUAAUUCAUCAAUCAAUUCAUUAUUGCUCGUAAUGGCAAUGAAUAGAAAAAAUCAAAAUUUAAAUUCAAAUUUUAGUACAAUUUAA